AUGGACAAAAUCCCACAAGAGCUCUUCGGUUUGAUAUUGCGAUGGACCCUCCGAAGGCCGAGCCUCGAGUCGUCGUUUGGCUACAUUGCCACCGAGCGUCCCAACCUCCUCGUACCCCCACAUGGCUUCUAUAGAUGGCUCCCCCUACGCCUCGUUUCCCGCCACUGGAACGAAACUAUCACCUCCGAAAAGCAUCUCUGGAGCACUGUCAUCGCGCGCGGGCCCCAUGCGCGAGAGUGGUUGAUGACGGCAGAUCGCGAUCCUCUCCACGACUUCUUCCUAUCGACGGUGUUUCCCGCUUUGACGACACUCGUCUUCGUGUCAGGUACCGCCAACGUGAAGCCGCGGUACAACUCACCAGUCAAAUUCGAGCAGCACAACGCCCCCGCUCUCACGGCGAUCUCGCUCGACGCUCGCUGGCAGCUUCUCCGUGCCGCACCGCAGCUCGAAGAAUUCCGCUUCGACCUCGGAUACUACAAGGGACCCGAUCCAGGCUGGGCUCAUGGCCUAUGGUACACGAGCGUCGGGCUCACAGAGCCGGUCACCAUGGCCCAUCUCCGCAUCCUCGAUUUCACAACGAACACGCCCUACAACCAGUUGGCCUCCGCCUGGGUACUCGAGCGCCUCCGCCUGCCCCACGCGCAGGUCAUCCGUGUCGAGUGGGCAGGUGGACGCACGGACACCUCCACAAUAUUCGACCAUCUUCCCCGCACGCUCACGGACUCGAUCCCCACCCUCCGCUCGCUCGUCGGGCUGCACGUCCUCUCCAAUCGCCCGGAGUCGUUCACUAUCGAAGGCUGGAACGCGGACAGGACGCACCGCUUCAUUUUCCACUGCUACGUAGGGCAAUGGUACGGGGUCUCCAAGUCCAUCCUCAACAGCCUCGAACGGUUCGUCGACAUCAUACGCUGUCCCGACGGUCCCUCCGCGCUCAAGAUCGACGGCCGCAUCGUUGAAUUACUUACACGGCGGGCGCAGUGGGCGGCGAUCCUCCGAUGCUUCCCCAGGCUCACGCGGCUGUCGAUCGCGAACACGUGGCCGAACCCGCACCGCGUGAACAACCAUCUGGAGGAGUUGGCGGAAGCGCUGCGGGAGCGCGGGAAGCCGCUGGCGGAGCUGGUCUACAUUGGCGAGCCAUGGUUCGAUCUGGAGAUUGGAGGGAGAGGAUGGAGGCCGCCGGGGUCGGGAGCGCGACACGAGUGGCGGGCAUCGACGAAGGCUCGGACGACCAAUGGUAUCCGAGUAUAUUGUUGCCUGAUAUGGCAGUGUAAGGGUUGGGACUCAGGUAUCAAGUACUGA